AGCCAAUCAGCGCUCACUCUGCGGUGCGGCGCUCCAGGAUGAUAGAGACCUGAGGGGUCGGUGUUAAGUCAUGAACUUCAGUAACUUCUCCACAUCCCUCGGUUAAGUGCACCUUCAGCCAUGCCUGUGACAUCUCAGCUGCUCAGGGGUUUGCCCCGUUCCAAGGUUUUGGCCUCCAGUCUGUUACCAUGCCAACAACACCAGUCCCAGUUAGGACCCAUCACUCACCGACCUGCCUCAAGACGGCCUUCUCACAUAUGGCAGAGCCACCAGCACUCAAGAAGUUACCGGGCAACCUCAGUGCUCCGCAGUUACAUCCUCACACCCCCGCAGGUCAACUCGAUUCUGAAAGCAAACGAGUACAGCUUCAAGGUGCCGGAGUUCGAUGGGAAGAACGUGUCAGCAGUGAUGGGUUUUGAGAGUAAUCAGCUGCCAGCUAAUGCUCCUAUAGAAGACCGUCGAAGUGCAGCCACAUGCCUGCAGACACGAGGAAUGCUGCUGGGUGUGUUUGAUGGCCAUGCUGGCUGCGCCUGUGCACAGGCGCUGAGUGAGAGGUUAUUCUACUACAUAGCAGUGUCUCUGCUGCCCCACAACACACUGUGUGAGCUGGAGGCAGCGGUGGAGUCCGGCAGGGCCCUAAGUCCCAUCCUGCAGUGGCACAAACACCCCAACGAUUACUUCAGCAGGGAGGCUCAGACUCUCUACUUCAACAGCCUCCGAACAUACUGGCAGGAGUUAAUAGAUCUCACCAGCCCAGGCGAAGUCCCAGACACCCGCGAGGCACUGCUGAAUGCCUUCAAGAGGCUGGACAAUGACAUUUCUCUGGAGGCUCAGGUUGGAGACCCGAAUGCCUUCCUGCACUACUGGGUCCUGAGAGUGGCCUUUUCUGGAGCAACAGCGUGUGUGGCUCACAUCGAUGGAUCAGACCUGUAUAUAGCCAAUGCAGGAGAUGCUCGGGCGGUGUUGGGAGUGCAGGAGGAGGAUGGUUCAUUCAGCGCGCUCACACUCUCUAAUGACCACAGUGCCCAGAAUGAGGAUGAGGUGGCUCGGAUACGUAGUGAACACCCUCCAUCAGAGAGGAAGACAGUUAUCAGACAGGAACGCUUGCUCGGCCUCCUCAUGCCGUUCCGUGCAUUUGGGGACGUGAAGUUUAAGUGGAGUAUUGAACUGCAGAAGUGUGUGUUGGAGUCCGGACCCGAUCAGCUCCAUGAAAAUGAGCACACCAAGUUCAUCCCUCCAAACUACCACACACCCCCCUACCUGACCGCCGAGCCGGAGAUCACGUACCACAAACUGCGGCCGCAGGAUCGCUUCAUGGUGAUUGGCUCUGACGGCCUCUGGGAGACCCUCCACAGACAGGAGGUGGUUCGUAUCGUGGGGGAGUAUUUAACAGGGGUGCACCAGCGUCAGCCCCUCAAAGUCGGAGGCUACAAAGUCACCCUGGGACAGAUGCAGGGGCUGCUCGAAGAGAGAAAGGCCCGCGUGUCUUCGGCUUUCGAGGAUCAGAACUCAGCGACCCACCUGAUGCGCCACGCGGUGGGGAACAACGAAUUUGGCACGGUCGACCACGAGAGGCUGUCGAAAAUGCUCUCGCUACCCGAGGAGCUGGCUCGCAUGUACCGCGAUGACAUCACCAUUAUCAUCUGUCAGUUCAACCCCCAUGUGAUCGGAGCACAGAGACAGGACGAGCAGUCCUGAGCUGCAUAAAAGCCAUCCACUGAAGCGUACGCACACUUCUGUGUAACCUUAGAUCUACAUAAGAGCACACUCUGUGGACAAACAGGCCAUAUUGAGAAAAUAUCUGUCCAGCGGUCGGAAUUAAUCAUUUUAACUCUAUUUAUGUACAGGAUUUGUAUGUUUGUAUGCAGUCACGAGAAGAUCAAGUUCCUCAUGAAGUCCAAAGAUCUUCGUUGGAUCGGAGUCUCUUCUGCAACAUGCUGCAAAUAUCCUCUGGUAACCAUUUCAUACUCACCUCUCUGCGUGGCUGAUAAAAUGCUGUUACAAACUGAUUUUUGUGCCAAAAUAUUCAACCUCCUCGUCUGCAAAGACUCGACGCCGGGGUUGAAAUUACAGAGAUUCCAAAGAGGGUGAAGGUUGGGAUUUUACAAGUAAAGAGGCCGUGACUGAUGCAGCACUGACUCGACCUCCUCCCUCUGACCCCCUUUACACCUGGCAUUAAAAUGCAUUUUGGGUGAUCGGGUCUCAAUCAGAGAGAGCUUGACCAGAAGUACAGGUGUAAAUGCACAUACGUUGAGGACUGAUUAUGAUGAUCCGGAUGUGGUCAGGGAUGCAUCGUGACUACCUGAACACGUAAUUGCAACUGCAUUUUAAGUCCACAUACAACAACUACAUGGGAGCGGGGUAGCACCGGCUCUCCUUCACUUGAUGCUGAAGCUGCGAGGCACACAGUGGUCUCUCUCUCAUCUGACGCUAAAGGCUCAUUUAUUUUCCCUUUGUGUUCAAAAAUAGCUGCGUUCAUUUCAAACGUUGUGACAGGUGCUGCCACAUACGUCCAUAGGUCCUUUAUGUUGACAUAGAUACAUCCACUAGAUGGUGCUAGAAGGCAGAAUCAAAGGGUCAUGACAACAAAGAGGUUGUAUAAUAAUGUACCUUUUAACGAAGGCAGCAUUGUAGACAGCAGCGAUUUACAUGGCCAUAUUAUGACGUGGACGGAGAAUUCUUUUCACUGUAGAAUCAAUCUGUUUGGUUCUGCCAUUUUUAAAAAGUCUUCGUCAUGUCCUACGGUUGUAUCUCAUUCGAACUACGCUACACUGCCCCCAUGAUCUCUGGUGGUACGGCUCUGUUUUGUCCGAAUCUGUCAGCUUUCAGAAAACAUGCAAAAAUACAGACGAAGUGAACGCAGAACAGACAGAAGGCUCUGUCUGUGUCCACAUACGCAUCUAACAUUAAGCGAACAUGCACUAUAACACCCCUGAGUUGUCUCGCUCAUCUGUAUUGUAUCCCUCCUGUUGGUCUUUACAAUCAUUAGGCCUGUUUGAUCCUCGUUGACCUCGCUGUUACCCUCUAACUCUUCCUGACUGGCUCCAUAGCAAAGAUUUUUUUUAAAAAUAAUUUUUUUAUUUUUACACCAGUAUUGGCUACGAAAACCGCAGAAAAUAUGAUGUGAGCCCUGUGUCAUUUUAGUUAGUUUUUUAAUUUUUAAAAUAAAAAUAUUUUUAAAAUUCUUAUCCUAAUAGUAGUUGACAGACGGGGGAGGGGCCUAUUUGGACUUGGUUCAGUUGUUUGAGCCCGACAGAGCGAUCAGGUCUAGAUGUAGACACUUGAGACACAUAUUAACACCAGAUUUCAAUGUAAUCAAGUUAAAUCAUAGCUGGGCACAAUUUGGAGACAAGACACAUUGUAAUGCGAGGUGUAAAAGGGAUCUCUCAUAUGGACUCUAACUGGCCUCUGCCAUUAUAACCCCAACGCUCUUCCUGUGCAGUCUGGUUUUGUUGUUUGCAUCCCAGGCACACUCUCUCUCACCUUCCAGGCUGCUCCUGCAUCUGUUACAACACAGCACUGUUGCAUCUGUUCGUUUUUACGUCUUCGUUUAAGUCAUUGUAUGAUAUAUUCUUAGCACUGUCCAAACAUACUCAUUUUGUUCUGCAUUUACACGUCAGUCUGUGACGUUUACUCCAGCACUCUGGGUUUCAGGUGACACAGUAACUAUCAGGUUUCGGUGCUGACUUUGAGCUCUCCGCAGACACAUUGAGUAAAAUGAAAGUUUGUUGUUCUUUUCCCACGCUUUGUGGAUUUAAAGGGACGUGUGUGUGUGUGUGUGUGUGUGUGUGUGUGGUUUCUCUUGCCUUAUGUUAUUUUUUUCUGAUGGGUCAUUAGCAGUUAACAGUUGGUUACAGUUUGGGGUUUUAUUACUCAUGACAGCCAUGGUGAAAGCAGAAGCAGCCCAUUCUCCUGAUACUCUCCAGUUAAACACUAAUGACGGGGUCGUAUCUGUGUGUGUAUAUGUGUAUUUAAGAGCAGAAUGUAAAAAGAAGCUGUUUGAAUAUUAAAUAUUAUUUAUUCAGCUUUUGCAGCAUGUUACACGUCUUUAUCUACAGUUUUAUGUAUAAAUUGUAACUUAUGUGGGUUAAGUUUUGUAUAUGGAAUGGUUUAAUAAAACACUGAUAUACACCACGUG